UUUGUGUACCGAGAAGCAGAUCAACCGUAAACAUUGUUAUCAUCGACAGCAGUUCUCAGUGGUUUCUAAAAUAAAAAAAACUGCAUCUUUGGACCCUAUAUAAAGCCCGGCACAAGAAGAAGUCUCAUAUAUCCAACACAAGCCUUAAAUCGAUAGCUACUCGAGCACUUUCUACAAUGCAGUUUAAAUUCUUGUUUGCCUUCUUCGCCGUCGUGAUGAUGGUCGUCCUGGGAGCCCACGAAGCAGACGCUGACUGUCUCUCCGGAAGAUACGGAGGUCCCUGUGCUGUUUGGGACAACGAUACCUGCCGACGUGUUUGCAAGGAGGAGGGUCGAUCCAGUGGCCACUGCAGUGCUAGUCUUAAAUGCUGGUGCGAAGGAUGUUAGCAGGCCCUUAUAUAACUAUGAAUAUAACUUCGGAACUCAAA